CAUUGGUGUUUAUCAGUGAAGAACAGCUGUCUCACAUACACACACACACACACACACACACACACAAUAUAUCUCGGAGUGUCAGUCACAAAUAGUCUUUUCCUGAGGACAGGCAGCACUGAAGAAACAUGUCAAAGAUGUCCAGGCUUCUGCCUCUGUGUCUGCUCCUCCUGAUCCCAGGUCAGACUUCAUCAGCAUGUCCUCGUUCUUGCUCCUGUCAGGGCACCCGUGUGGACUGUAGCGGCACAUCUCUCACCUCCUCCAAGCUGCCUGCCAGUUUCCCCAGUGGAACCACUGAGCUCCUCCUCCACAACAACCUGCUGACCACCCUCCCCAAUGGAAUUCUGGAUGAUCUGACUGCACUCCACUCUGUGUCCCUCAAUCGCAACCCCUGGGUCUGUGACUGUAGCGUCCUCUACCUGCGAGCAUGGCUGCUGCGUCAGCCCUCGAGCCUUAAUUCACACCUGGGAGUCAACUGCAGCUCCCCUCCCCAUCUGAAAGGGCGGCUCGUGACGUAUUUAACUGAGGAGGAGUUGCUGGACUCCUGUCACUACUGGUACUGCAACCUGGCUCUGUUCGCGCAGGUGUGUUUGAUUGUGUUCCUGAUGGUGCAGGCGGCUCUGCUGGUGACUCUCGUUGUGUUUCUGAAGAAGUUUGAGAAGCUGUCCAAGGAGGCAAGGAGAACCGCGGAAGAGAGCUUCACAGCUGAGGAAGCUCAGAAGGAGAACGAGUACAGCAGCCUCUGAGCCAGUGAAGGUCGAUCUGUGGUUCAUCACCGCAGGUUAAAGCUCCCUUUUUGUAAAGAACGUCCAUGCUGUAAGAUUUGAACAUGAUUAAAUGAUAUUCAACUGCAAAACUGAUUUUUUUUUUUAAUCAGUUGUGGACCUUCAAGGUGUCUUUACCUUUGUCGAGGGCACACGUGUCAAACUCAGGCGCAGGGGCCAAAUCUGGCCGCCAGUGUAAUUAUAUUUGGCCCAGGAGAUCAUAUCAAAUUUGGGCUGGAUCUGUAGUAUUAGCGGUGUAUACACUAUGUUAUAGCACAUACAUUUUGUUUGUUUUUGUUUUUGUUUUUUGUUGUUGGCCUGUGAAAAACAAAUUUCAUUAAAAAUAAACUGGAAAGGCUACAGAUAAAGAAAAACAAAUACUACUGAUCUGUGUUUUAUUGCAAAUUGAAUUUCUCAUUUCUUUAUAAUAUAUAAAAUAUUAUUUUAGGCAAAACUAAAAUUUGUUUCUAUAUGAAAAAAAUCUAUGUUAUAUAUCUGGAGAUAAUCGAAAACAUGCACAACAGAGUAUACACACAGGAUACUUGAGGUAUUUUAAUAGAGGCUGUACUCUAUUAAAAUAUCUUAAAUAUUUGAGAAACAUUGAACUUUCAAUUUCGUUGUACCCUCGGGUUACAAUGACAAUAAAGUCUAUUCUAUUCCAACUUCACCACUUCACCACUGUUGCUAAUCCUUCACUGUGUACCUUUAAAUAACACAUUUUCUUCUCUGUUAACGUCUGACUUCAUGUCAGUAAUAUUUAUUUGUGUACAGUUCACAAUUUUUGAUGUGAACAGAUAUUUGUUCUCUUCUGUUUGUUAGUUAGUUAGUUAGUUAGUUAGUUAGUUAAUUACUUCGCUAUUUCGUUAGUUAUUUCGAUAGCUAGCCAGUUAGCUCUCUUGUGAUUGGUACAGUUGCACAGUUUCAUAUAUAAAUGUCUGUGGUAAAAAUAAUUUACAAAUUUGCUUAAUACACAUUUUUCAUAUUUUAUUUUGGAUCCGUUGAGGACAACAGUGUGCAAGUGAAUGUGGAUACACUUCCUUUUCUUACGAAACUUUUUUUGUUCUUACUUUUUUUUUAACUUGCUUUACUUUCUGUGACCUGUCGAAAUAGCUGCUGCACAACUGAAAUUCAUUAGCUAGAAAAGUCACUGUAACUUAUACAAAAUGUUUAAUCCAUAUUUGAAUAUUAGAAUUUUAUGUGACAUUUUCUGUAGACCUAUUGACAAAAAUAAAAGAUUUGUUUGACUCAC